AUGAAUGAUAAUUUUACUUUAGUUAUGCUAUGGUUAUCCAAUUGGAGGAAUGUCUAUCUUUUUACUAUCCCCUUAAGGUUUGUGUUUGCCUUAUCAAACUCCUAUAUUCAUCCAGAUGAACAUUUCCAAUCUGUUGAAGUCUUGACUAGUAAGAUAUUAGGCUACGAAACGCACAUUCCUUGGGAAUUUGAGACUUUUCACGCGGCAAGAAGCUUUGGUCCUUUAUAUGUGUUAUAUGGCCCAUUGUUGUAUCUUGUCAAAUACUUGGGACUCGAAUUGACGCCAAUCCAGAUUUGGUACUUGCUUCGUUUGCAAAUGUGCAUCUUGAGCUGGUUGGUUACUGAUCUAUGCCUUUAUUGGAUGUUACCUUCAAAGCAGGAAAGAAUCAAGGCUAUUUUUUUUACGCUGACGUCUUUCGUCACAUUGGUAUUUCAAAACCAUUUAUUUUCAAAUAGCGUCGAGACUUUGGUGGUGCUAGUGGCGAUUUAUAUCAUUGACGAUUUGAGGUUUAUCCAAGAGUCAAAACUGUUGUUGCACGUGGAUAAAAGCAAAUCAAUAUUUCUUCUUGGUGCAGUCUUGUCAUUUGGAGUAUUCACCAGAGUCACCUUCCCGGCAUUUUUACUUUUCCCUAGUUGGUAUUUGAUCACAUAUUUGGCAUCCCAUAGGUUAUCACUCGCUUAUUUGACUUUGGGAUUUGUAUUACCAACAUUGGCUUUUAUUUCGCUUGACACAUACUUGUUUGAAUCAGAUGUCUACAUCGUGGCACCUAUAAACAAUCUCCUUUACAAUUCAAGGGUUGAAAACUUGUCCAAACAUGGAAUCCAUCCCUUUUACACUCAUGUUUUGGUAAAUCUUCCACAACUAUUAGGACCAGGCAUCUUAUUUAUAAUGUCUAAAACUUAUAUGCGUACUACUCAAUUUCUUUCAGUAGCGAGUGGUAGCACAUCGGUAGAAACGGUAUCGAUAUCGCAACUGCUAGACAACAUAACAAAUUACAAUAAAAACUAUACAAUAAUAGAUGCAAUGGGGACAGAUUUGCAAAUGGUUACUAAUCUACUUGAAAAUGUGGGAAAACCUGUUUAUUUAAUUACCCCAUUAGCAUCUUUCCGGUCCUUCAACGCAUCUGCAUUCAAACCCAUCUGGAACUAUACUUACCAUAUAGAUCUUGACCAUAUAGAAUGGCCAAAUUUGCAAAGCGGAUUAGGCGUAUAUGAAUUAUUAUAA